UCGCGUUUCGUUGUUGAGUUUCAUGUUAUUUAUCCUUUAAAAUUUGGGAAUACUUUUCCAUCUAGGGUUUCUCUUCUCUGAACGAACCUGUGUUAAACCUGUGUUUCUUCCCCUCACUGUUUGUACUACUACUCAUUUGUUUCGUUUCAAAGUUUUAUGCGGGAUACUCCCAUUCGAGAGAUGAUCGCGGAUGAAUGCGUUUUGAUGGUUUACUAUAACCGUAUCCAAGGUGUACAUCUUCCCCCUGUCUUGGCGCGCUGCUAUGGCAAUGUGUUCAACAUUCUUUUAAAAUCGUAGCUUGGCUUGUCGAAAGAAUCAGCAAAGUUGCUAGCCAUUUUCUGCAGCCGAGAAGCGAUAGCUGGGUGUGCGGUUACGAGAGAAACAUAAUUCAAAAUGAGUAAAAUAAGAACCGCGCGAAAACACACACAGAGCGGCAGGAAAACAGAUAGUGGACGUGCUAGUGCAGGUAGUCAGCAGCAGCAGAAAUUAAACGUAGUAAACCGAUAGUAGGUCAGUAAGAAGGUGUUUGUGUGUGUGUGCGCGCGUAUGCGAGAAGAAAAGGGACGGCAAUACUGCACACUAUAUAGCAGGGAAAGGAGUGGUGCAGGAAAAAGUAUCCGAUAAUAGUAGGGAAAGGAAAGCUACAAAAAAGUGAGUCCAAUAACUGUAGCAACAAAUGUGGUAGAGGUCCUUUACAAGAUAGUUCAGGUGCCCUUCCCGAAAAAGGGUUAGAUGAUAGAAAGACUCCACCGUGUACCGUGCACCGUGCGUUUGCCCCCGUGUUAAUGAUGGCCCUCAUGCUCUAUCUGUCGAGUCCUUGUAGCCGUAUAUACACGCACGAAAAAAACAGUAAAAUGUAUCCAAGGCCAAGGUGAUCUAAGCGUACGACUGAGCUAGAGGCUUCGGCGCUGACCGAAGGAUCAGGGCAAUACUAGGUCUCGGCUUCUCUUAUCUCACAUCCUUUUAUCCUCCCCUUCAGUUUUGUUUCUAUAUGCUGUAUGUGCGAGUGGUACGUUUUUAUUAUUUUAUUGACUGUUUUAGCACCAACUUAGGGAUGAAAGGAGGGUGCCCACCAACGCACACGCGGUAACAUUCCCCAAUCCCCCUUGGCACAGUUGAAGUGCUGUUCUAUGAUUUCCAUUGCUUUAUGAUAGUAGUUGUUUCAAAGUUUAAGUUUAAACCUAUCUACUAUUUUAUCCCCUAAACUAUGAUGAAUGUUCUAUGUUUAAUGAGGUGGUCGCGGGUGAUAGCGAGAAAGGAUGGUGUGUAGGUGUGUGUAAGAUUGAUGCUGCAUGCUGCUGAAACCACCUCUCCUGUUCCAUCGUCGAUGAGCGAAAAGAGAGGGUAAUACUCCGUCGGAGAAGGAUAAAGAAAUUCAAUAAUACAAAAAUCUAGCGAGAAUCAUAAAAAAAUGUGUACCUGGAU